UAAUAUUAAUAUUCUAUAUUUCUAUAUUAUUCACUUGUUAUAAAAAUCAAGAAAACUUUAACCGUCCCCUUAGUGCUUAGUCAUUCUUAUUUUGUGAUGCGAAAAACAAAAAUAAACUGGUUGCAAACAGGUUAGUCAUAGGCCAUACUGCCAUAGCGAUAGCACUUAAACUCAGUAUUGAGCUCUACAUACUAUUUUAUGCUCUUCUAUUCAGUGCCCACUGCUCAGUGGUAAUAUAACUUCUAAGUUAUAACGUGUUAUAAGACGAUUCGUAUUUGUUGAAUCGCAGUACUAUUAGGUUGAAGGUUGUUUUUUAUUUUCAUUAUUCCGUUCUCAUAUUCUGUGCUGACCUUGAAAAGUUCAAACUUGCAGUUAACAUUACGAGCAAAUAAAAAAAAACAUUUCUGUAUUUAUUGAAAAAUUAAACAAUAUCUAUGAUGGAGUCAGAACUGAAAAAUCAGGAUUACUUACUAGAACAGUUAAGAGCUUUACGUGCAGAAAGAGAAUUAUUAACAAAACAUGUAUUUAUACUUAACGAGUGUUUAUCUGUAGAAGAAUUAAAAGCAAAAAUAUCUAAUCUGGAAAAGAAGAAAGAGAUGUUGGGAUCAUUGGAAAAUGUAAUUGGAAGAUUACGUGCUGAGAUUGAGCCACUAAAAUAUUUGAAAUCGAUUUUAAAAACUAAAUUAGGUGAUGAGAAUAAAAUGCAAUCAAAUAAUAUUGAUACACAAUUAUUUACUGAUUUGGAAGCAUGUGUUGAAAUUGAGUCGCUAAAGAAUUUAAAAACUAAACUAGAUGUUGAAAAUAAAAUUCAACCAAAAAACAUUAGACAAGAGUUAUCUAUCGUGGAAGCUAAUGACCCUAAAUUAGAUAUGGAAUUUUGCAACAACAUAUCUGAUGAUGUUCAAGUAGUACAAUCUGUUGGAUCUAAAACUUUUGUUUCUCAGAGUACACAAAACAUGCUGGCUGAUUCUGUUAAAACUGAUUUGUGUCCAUACCCAAAGUUAAAUAAUGAACUCAUUGGUGCAUUCCAAAUACCAAUGUCAUCUACAUCUAACUCUGUGUCAACUGUAAAUGAUGGUAGUCUUGAUGAAAGUAUUCAACUGUUAGAUCAGUAUGAUGUUGUAACUGAUCAAGAAAUAUUAAAUUUCUCUACAGAAGAAAACAGUUUGAAAAGUCAAAGUGUUGAUCAAGAACCUACUAAUAUUUGUGUUGACAACAAAAUACAAAAUACACAGAAAGCAACAACGAGCACUAAUUUUGAUGCUGGAAGCAUAAAUGCACAUGUGAAAGACCAAGUACCUGUAGAAAAAGAUCUUGGCUUUGAAGAAACACAUGAAGAUAAAAAUAGUAAACUUCACAAGGCUAGUACAUCUCAACCAUCGACUGUAACUAUUAGUGUUAGUGAUUUAUUACAAAAUUUACCACAAUUAUUAUUGCAACAAGGAUUCAAUUAUAAUCAAGGUGAAGAAGAGUCUAAAAUAAAUGAAAAUGUUAAUACAAAUGUAUUGUCAAAAGAGAAUAAUAAACGCAACAAGAAAAACGAAUUGAAAAAAGAAGUGAAUAAAUUCUUAAAUGACUAUACAAAUUUAUUGCAUAAUAGUUCACAAACAAUAGAAAACAAUAAUGUAUCUUAUAAACAAAUAAAAUCGAGUCAACAUGAUGAAUUUUCACCUAAUGCCAUUAAUUCUGAAUGUAGUAUUAAUAACUUCAAUGAUAUGAAUUUAAAAAUUGAUGUCUUGCGUGGCAUAUACUCUCUCGGUUUUGUCAAACCUACUGCUUUACAACAACGUAUUAUUGUACACUGCAUAAAUGGACAAGAUGUAAUUGUUUUUACUGGACCAGGUAAUGGUAGAACAAUGAUGUUCACCAUACCAUUACUAGAACGCAUUGAAAUUAAUUUAAAUCAGUGCCAAGCAUUAGUAUUAGUACCAACUCGAGACCUUGCCGUACAUAUUCAAAAGAUUAUCAUGAGUGUUGGUGACUUUAUGGGUGUUAAAGUAUGUAUUGGCGGUGACAAUGUUCCAAAAAAACUAUCUGUUGUUCCACAUAUAAUUGUUGGUACCCCAUCUGGAAUAUUUAAUAUGAUAUCAUGUAAGUCACUACAUACUGAAUGGAUUCAAACAGUUGUAAUCAACCAAGCUGAAAAGAUGUUGGCUAAUAACUACACCAAUUUAAUUAAGGAAAUCAUGAAUAAAUUAAAUCAGACCAAACAAGUCACUAUAUUGACAUCAGGCAAACUAGAUCAUGUAUUAGACAUUUACAUGGAAUCUUUGAAUGAUGCUCUGGUUAUUAUUAAUAACAAUGAAAAAGAUAACAAUCUGCUUAAAGAUCUUCCAAAACAGUUUUAUUUAAACAUUCAAAAUGAAUGGAAAAUGAAUGCACUUUGCGAAAUCAGUGAAACAUUGAAAAUACAGAGAUCUGUCAUAUUCUGCAACACUUUGGACAGAGCACGAAAACUAUGCGAAUCAUUACAAAGAUUGGAAUACGCAGUAUCACUUUUUCAUUUGGAAAUGAAUGCACAAGAGCGCGAGCAAAUCCUUAAUAUGUUUUUUUCAAACGAUUUAAAAAUGCUCAUCACCACAGAUCCAAUCAAAGGCAGCCAGUUUCAGAAAGCUGCUUGGAUAAUAAAUUAUGAUUUACCAAUAAAUUCUAUUUGUUAUCUUGAUAGAGUAGUUAAAUGUGCUGAAAAUAUAAAAGUGAUAAAUUUCAUUGAUGAAAAUGAUGAACAUACAAAAUCGGUUAUUGAAACAUAUAACAAAUCUUAUAUGAUUCAGAUGCCCCUGAAUAUGGUUGAUUUGUUACAAUAUUAAACUCAUAUAAUGAUAACAAUUUUAUCUUAAAAUUAAGUAGUAUAAUAUUCAUUACUAUGAUAAAUAAUAGAAGAUACAUAUUAUAUUAUUCUACUAUUGAACUAAACUUCUAGGAAAUGGGGUUUUGUUUAUGUUGGGACUUAAAUUGCACUUUUAUUUUAUUUUU